AUAUGUUUUAAAAAGAGAGAAGUUAAGGGGGAAGGAGAUACCUGCAGCAUGGCUUUACUGCUUAUGAACACACACACACACACACACAUACACACACACACACACGUUGGAACCAGGGUUUGGUACACUACCACCUAGCCUCUAGCCACCAAUUGUGAUGGUCCAAAAAGAUUUUCUUCCAUUUAUAUGUGAUGGUUGUUCGGGAAUAUUUUGCCUUGAACACAGAAGCAGGGAUUCACAUAACUGCCCUGAGGUGACUGUGGUAAAUGAGAGGCUGACAUCAGAUAAACCUACAUCUUACCCAUGCUCAUUCAAACACUGUUCUGAAAAAGAGCUUGUGCCAGUUAUAUGUCCUUAUUGUGAGAAGAAUUUUUGCCUGAGGCACCGUCAUCAGUCAGACCAUGAAUGUGAAAAAUUGGAGACCCCAAAACCUCGUAUGGCUGCCACUCAGAAACUUGUUAAAGAAAUCAUUGAUUCCAAAUCAGUAGAGACAACAAACAAACGACGGAAAGGUGCAAAAAACAGUGAAACAGCUACAAAAGUUGCAUUGAUGAAAUUAAAGAUGCAUGCAGAUGGAGAUAAAUCAUUGCCACAGACAGAGAGAAUUUACUUUCAGGUUUUCUUACCUAAAGGGAGUAAAGAGAAGAGCAAACCGAUGUUCUUUAGCCACCAGUGGAGCAUUGGAAAGGUUAUAGACUUCGCUGCUUCCUUAGCCAACCUUAAAAAUGACAAUAACAAAUCAACAGCUAAGAAAUUAAGAUUGUGUCAUAUUAGCUCAGGAGAGAUCUUACCAUUGGAACACACUUUGGAAACCUGGGUUGCUAAAGGAGAUUGUCCUUUAUAUAAUGGUGGAAAUAUUAUCUUGGAAUAUCUUAAUGAUGAGGAGCAGUUUUUAAAAAAUGUUGAUUCUUACUUGGAAUAAUCAAGGAUUAAAGAUUAAAUUCAAGAAUUCAACCUAGACAUGACAAGGAAAAUUUUAUGUUGUUACCUUCUUUUAUUACACAUAAGUCUAUAUAUAAUUAAAUUACCUCUAAAUUACCAUUUCGUCAUAUUUAUGUCAUCAGUUUUCUGUUAAAUUUAAUGAGUUAUACAUUUUAAAUCUUAACUAUGAAAUGAUGCUCAAUUGUUAUCAACCUGUUGCAUUUGAUUUGCUUUUAUCUGAUUUGUGGGUUUUUGCCUUUCUCACUUUCUUUCUAUCUCUCUUUUGCAAAUUUGUGUAUUUUAGUUCUCUAGAUGCCACAUAGGAGAUAAAAGUAACCAUAAGAGUACAUUUUAUACGUGGUUAAUGUCAGUUGAUGACUGACUGCUACAUGUCAUCUUCACUUCAGGACCUUCAAGCCGAAGGUGUGACUCAGGGAGUGCCACAGGAAGGGGUAGGUCAAGAAAGCAUAGUCUUUUCACAAUAGAGGAAGGAAGAUGUCACUUUUUAGUUUUCUUUAUGAUUAAUAAUGGGUUAGAAGAUUGUAAGAUUAUAGGGUAUAGUUCCACACCUCACCCACCACCAAAGUUCUGUGUCCUCACCCUCCCACCCCCAAGAGAUACCUGAUAGCCAUUAUAGUUCUCACAAAGUCUUAGAAAGUUUUUUUUUUUCUUUUCUCUUUCUUUCUCUCUCUCUAUUUUUGUUUAUUAAUUUUUUUUUUUUGCUUGUUUGACCAGAACACUACUCAGCUCUGGCUUAUGGUGGUGCAGGGGAUUGAACCUGGGACUAUAGCCUCGGUCAUGAGAGUCUCUUUACAUAACUGUUAUGCUAUGUACCCCUGCUCUCUUUCUUUCUCUCUUUCUUUCUUCCUUCCUUCCUCCCUCCCUCCCUCCCUCCCUCCCUCCCUUCCUUCCUUCUCUCCCUCAUUCUCUACCUCCUUCCUUCCUUUUUGCAAAUUCAUAUAUUUUAGUUUAGUGCCACAUGAGUGAAACCAUCCCAUAGUUGUCUUUCAUCUCUUAUUUUUCUGAACAUAAAGAGGUAACUUUUCGAAGACACAUCAGUCUCUUUUCCUUCAAGUUACAUGGCCCAAUCUGGCAUCAUGGGGUCAUAAUUUACUGUGCCUGCCUCCUGCCAUCAGAGUGUGGGUGAAGCAGGGUAGUAAGUGGUAAGUAAUAAGAAUGAUUUAAGAGUAGUCAUCAUCAUCUACCUUGUCUAACUCUCAGAUGAGCCACAAUGAAAUGUGGACAACCUCCCCACUUGAGUCUUCCUAUUCCCGUGACCUUGGACCCGAGCCUCUGCUUCUCAUCCUUACUGUCUACAUCUGCAUAUAUAAUUGAUAUGUAUACAUGAAUCAUAAACUUGGAAACUACCUCAUUCACUCUUCUAGGUUUCUGGUGAAGAGAAUGAGAACUAGGAAGAGGAAAUAGAUUUCUUGGUGUCACCUAAUUGAUUUGGGGCAUAGCUCUAAUAAACAUGUUUUUCCAGUGUGA